UUUAGUUAGAAAUGCUGCUUGUGUUAGAAAGCUGGCUGAGAUGUUUCGUAGCUUAGCGAUGAUCCAUUACCGUGUGGCAACGAUGGGUGCGCCUGGGUUGUACGCGGUGAGGCUUGUCCUUAUAAUAUUGGUAUCGAGUCUACCGUGUCUUGGACAAUGGUUAUUAUUAGAUGUACGAUUCAUGGCACUUGUGACGUAGCAUGGAUAGAAGUAAAUAGGAAGUUGAAGAUUUCGCGAGAAACUUACCCGCAAUAAUGAUCACUGUUACGUCGAAGUACCUAUGUGUGCGGGGACAAUGGUUUAAAUUGUUUAAAGGAACUGUUGACCAAAGUUGGCGAUUAUUUCGCAACUGAGUUCUAAUUAACCGAGAGAUGCGAGCAAAUAAUAAAGUUCCGCUGCUAGUCAAAGCGAUUUAAUCAACAACGAUUAGUGUAGCAUCAUGCAGGCUACAAAAGCAAUGCCAUAACAUUAGUUAUAGAGAUGUUAACUAGUUAUACAGGAACUUGCAACAUACAGGUUACAGCAUCGACGUUAAGGCAGUAGUUUAACUUUUACAUCUCAACAGCGCAUAUGCUUUAGUUUAUAAUGAAGUAACCGAUACAUUGACAACCGACCACCACUACAAACAUGGGGGGUUGUUGUUGCAAAUGGACGCGGAUAAUCCUGAAGGAUAAUUCAACACAAACCGUACCUUUGUUGGAAGGCGAGAAAGCUCAAACACAGAAACGAAAUGACUUGGCAAAAUGCCGGAGUUCGCUUGAGACCGCCCUCCACCUAGUACAACGAGCCGUGGAAGAAGACAGGGCGAGGAAUUAUGUGGAAGCUUUAUCAUUGUACCAACAUGCACUUGUGUAUUUCCUUGAAAGUUUGAAUUAUGAAGCGGAGAGCGAAAAUAUUAAGGAGAAAAUCCUUUCAAAGUGCAAACAGUAUUUGGAUCGUGCGGAAAAGUUAGCAGAGUAUUUAAACGCACACGGCGGUUCGAGGGGAAAACGAGAUUCUGCACUCAGCGGAACUUCGACGCUUAAAUGGACGGAUGAUGACGUCAUACCUGCACAGGGAAGCGACGCUCGCACUCGUAUGUCGAAGUUAUACAACAGCAUUAUGCGUAAAAACAAGGACAGCAAUUCAAACAAUAACAAAUCCAUACAAAGAUCGUAUUCGACGAGGUAGCAUUGUGAAGUAACUACCGGCGAGUGUUACGUCACAAACCAUGAAGAGUUACCCUGCAUUAACUGAGUUGGAUGUUUGUUGUGCUAUAUACCUCAUCGCAUUAAAGAAUACACAAUGAUCAUCUAUCUGGAAGCAAUGGAUCUAUCUGGAAGCAAACACAAGCGCAAUUACCAUAAACUUUUUUUACUGAUACACACGCCAACGGCUUCGAACCAUGUAGCCUGAUACCAGGGGUGGCAUUCUCCGCUACCGACUAAACUGGUCUCCGCCUAAAUCGACUGGCCAACUUCUGCAAUAAAGAAUGCACAGAAAUUUAGUGGCCGACUUAAAAACCGUGGUAACCAAUAGUAAACGCGACUAGUCGGUAGCCGAGAAUACAAUCCAUGGAAUCCAACUUUUUAAGUGAACGCUUGUGGGGCACAUUGUAAACCAUGAGUCAGUGACAUCACAUUUCAUCAUUUUAUUACAACACAAAAGGUCUAAUCCCGUCAAAAUUGUGUUGAUGCCAUAAACCCCAUUCAUAAAUA